GCAGGCACCGAUCUUACGAGUGAAAACAACACAACCAAUCUUCAAUAUGGAAAGAAAAAAAAAAGGUUGGCUUUUAAUCUGUUUUCUUUUACUACUUGAAAACUUUCAGGCAUGUAUACUUUCAAAAAAUACACCAGCAGUGAUAACUGAUAAAGAUCUUGAUAUGGACCAGAAAAACUCUUCAAGUCUGAAAAUUCACCGGAGACAGAAGAGAUGGGUUGGAGCACUGAUACAGAUUUCAUUAGAAGUGACAGACACUGCACUGACUGUAGCAAAUGCUUUAAAAGAUGGAUGUGUCUACAGGCCAAUGAUAUGCACGUAUAAAGAUGAAAUAAAAAAAUACGAAGAAAAGGAAAAAAGCCUUUCAAUAAUUCUGACCAGCAAGCGAGAUCUAUUGCUAUCAGAGGUAGUAAAGCUUACAACGUCAUUUGUUCAAAAUGAUAACAUUUAUGAUUAUGUUAAGGAUACUGUGGAAUUGGCGUUGGAGGUCAGUGUGUUAAUGAUGCUAUGGAGAACUGAAAUUACAUCAAAACAGUAUAUACUGAGAAUAAAUGGCACAUUAAAUACGAGUGAUGCAAACAUUCCUGAAAACAUUGAGAAAAAAUUCAGCGAUCAAAGAAGUGAAUAUUUGAGGAAACUUGGCAUAACAAUAGGGAUAAAAGCUUUAGUUUAUUUUUUAAUACAUUUCUUUAGUUAUGUAGCUAAGAAGAGUAUAAAGCAGAUUUAUUUUGCCUUUGCAGGCGUUUUACAACCAGGCCUUCUGACGGAAAAAUCAUUCAGAACAUAUUAUCAUGAGAAUACAAAAGCCUACAUGUCUAAGUGGCACGCACAGCAUGACUUUUCUACAGCAGUAAGCAAGUCCACAGUUUUCAAAGCAAAAGUAAAAGGUUUUGUUAAAACUGCAACUACAUAUAUCAAAGAUUCUUCAAAUAAUUUUUAUAAGAGUAAAGGCUUUUGGGUAACCACAGGGCUUUCUUUGCUAGGGGCAGGCCUUUCACAGGGUCUUCAAGCACGUGAGUUUAUUCGUGUAGAAAAUGAGAUGAAAGAAUUAGUUCAAAAUCACGAAAUUCUAUACUCUAGUCUUGAAGUGUCGUUAGCAAACCUGACUAUAACAGAACAGUCUUUACAGAAAGAAUGGAGGUUAUCAAUUGAUAUUUUUAAGAACUUUACAUUUUACAUAAGUGACACAAAGUCCACUUUUGAAGAGCUACCAUUAAAGCAGCAGUUGAAUAUCAAAGAAAAGUUACCUGACCUUUAUAAGCUCCUAGAAAUAGACAUUGAAAGUACCACUUCAGACAACAUAUUACAGAAACAGAGGGACACCUUGGAGUAUAUGACUGCCAUGAAAGAUUCCUUAAAGACAAUUAGAGCUCACGUUCUAUUAGAGGUGAUAGUAUUGCAAGUGAUAAAAAAUGGUCUAAACCAGUCCCAGGAAGUUAAUGUAAUUGUGGAUAUUAUCAAUGGUCAUCUUGAUAAAGAUGAAACUAUGCAUAAAAAGAUAGACUUGAAGAUAGUGCUUUGUCAGAUAGCUGAAUGGGGUGAUGAAGGUGAUUAUGACUUCUACGACUUAUCUGAUUUUAGAAACUGCCCAAUAGACAUAAAUAUGGAAGAAGUCAAAAGGAAGCAAAAAGAUAAAAAGGAGAUUAUACAAAAAUUAAAUGCAAUCAUUACUACAUGCAUACUUUUGAAUUUUCAGUUUUGUCCCUCAGUUUCUAAAAUUGCAACGACAUUAAAGUUGACUGAGGAAGAAACCAAACGUAAUAUUAAAUAUAUCAAGCCUGAUAUGCAGAGUUUCAAUGGGACACCAUUAUAAUAACCUCAGAAUCUUUCUGGUUACAAACUCUACAUACAAUGACAUCUAAUGGAAUGAAUGAAGAAUUGGACUUAAUUUUGCGUUGAUUCAUUUAGAAGAUAUAAUAUGCUGAAGUUCUAAAUCAUUGUUGAUAUCAAUUAUGUCUUUCUGUCUGAAAUGUUUUGUAUCUAUAUAUCACACACAGUAUAUUGAAUUGUUGUAUUGGGGCAGUCUUUACAAACAUAUUGACGUAGGUUAUUUUAUUAUUAUGUGUGCAGAGCUCGAAUACUCGAAUAUUGACAGCCCAAAUGAAUAUAUAUCCACUAUACUGGAUUGUAAAUUGGACACACCAGCAUCAAAUCAUGUAGGAUAAUUAGAUCAAGAGGGGCAUUUGCUCGUUUUCCUUUCUUGUGUACACUGAUGGCUGUUUGUGAACCGAAACACGUCUGUUUUUACAAUCAUUGCUCUUUUAUCAUUGCUCUUUUUUAACAAUAAAUAUGAAUUAGAACAAAGCAACAUUGUGUUCCUUGGUGUGCAGAUCCAGACCUUUGCAUAACAAUCUUAGAACAAAUAAAAGGCUAAUCUAGGAUUUGUCCCAGUUGUUUA